AUGCGAGCGACGAGACAGAGCGAUCGAGAGUCGGGAGGGAACGGAGUGUGGCCAGACGCCGAGCAGGCCGAGCACAAGAGCCGCUGGAGAGGGUCGAAAGUGCGGAGGGCGUGGGGAGCGACGGGGGUUCCGGGUGCCGAGACUACUCAGGAUGUCACCUAUGGGAGGUAUGUCUGUAACAGUUUCCCUACACUCGUCUCUCCCUACAUGGGUGUCAGCGACACGCAACACGACUGUUCCAGUCUGGCCCGUCCGUCAGUCGGCUCCCUCCCGAUCUCUCAUCGUCUCGGGAACGCCUGA